AAAAAAUGUUUGUUAAUCUCAUUCACACACACCAGUCAACACACACAUUCAAAGAAUAGAAAAAGUGAAAUUUUCGUAAUAGCUUUAAGCGAGUAGCAGGAGGCGGGCAUCCACACGGAAUGGAGAGUCUGCGCAGAACCGAGGUACGCGAAUACUUCGUGGGCGACUACAAGCUGCUGGACCAGUUCGACAAGGGCUGCUUCGGCGACGUCUACCUGGGCAAGUCGCUCUACACCGGCGAGCGUGUGGCGAUCAAGCUGGAGAAGAAGCGCACGGCGCAUCCGCAGCUGGCGUACGAGUAUCGCGUGUACAAGACAAUGCGUCCGGCUUUGGGACUACCGCGCGUCCACUACUAUGGCGAGGAGGAUGACUAUAACGCCCUGGUCAUGGAUCUGCUGGGUCCGUCGCUCUACUACCUGUUCGAGUUCUGCGGGCAUGCGUUCACCAUGAAGACCGUGCUGAUGCUGGCGGACGAGCUGCUGUUGCGCCUGGAGCAGGUGCAUGGCCGGGGCUUUGUGCAUCGGGACAUCAAGCCGGAGAACUUGUGUAUCGGCCAUGAUCUCACGUGCAAGUUCGUGCAUCUGAUCGACUUUGGGCUGUCCAAGAAGUACUGGGAUCCCAUUUCCAAUGUGCACAUACCCUACCGGGAGGACUGCAGCCUGACGGGCACGGCGCGCUUUGCGUCCAUCAACGCCCACGAAGGCAUCGAGCAAUCACGCCGCGAUGAUCUUGUCUCCGUGGGAUAUCUGCUCAUCUAUUUCCUGAGCGGCAGCCUGCCCUGGCAGAACCUGCCGGCCCCUACAAAGGAGAAGAAAUAUGAGGCCAUCUACGAGAUGAAGCGCUCCCUGAGCAGCGAGCAGCUCUGCAGCGACUAUCCCAACGAGUUUGCCAUGUACCUGAACUACUGCUACAAGCUAGGCUUCACUACCAAGCCGGACUACGCCAUGCUGCGCAAGAGGUUCCGCGGGCUGUUCAACAAGCUGUACUAUAAAAGGGACCUGAUCUACGACUGGGAGAAACUCAGUUUAGAGUUUCAUCGUGAUCAGAAAAAUCCUGGCGUAGGCAGCAGAUAUGCUCCCGGCAAAUAUCUUCCGGAUGAUGGACGCAGUGGCUAUCCAAUUAUACGCAACGAUAAGGCAAGGUCCUGGAGUUAGCCACUUACAAAAUGUCGGAACUACAGACUAGUUCCACAUAAUCGAAAUUAGAGUAUGGUUGCAGGAAUAUCCAUGAUGAAUGAGCCCAAAUCGUAAAUAUAUAAUAGUUAAAUGUUUCAUAAUAGUUAAAUGUUUCCAAAAGUAUUCAAGCUCAGCAAACUAGUUCCAAGUGUAUUGCAAUAUUAAACUACGAAUUACCAAUAAACAGAUAAU